AUCUUUGCUGCCAUGAAUCCUGGCUAUGCUAGCGGUUCGAAUCUGCCAGACAAUCUUAGGAAACUCUCUCGCAGUUUUUCUAUGUUGAAGCCUAAUAACAAGCUUAUAGCCGAAGUUAUGCUUUACUAGCAAGGAUUUAACAGAGCGAAGCAGCUUUCCAAGCAAACGGUGCCCUUUUUUCUACACGUUAUGCUUCAUAGCUUUCAAAAAAAACCGUAUUAUGAUUUUGGGUUGCGUCCACGGAAGAGCGCACUUAUUAGCUCCGGAGGAUGAAAGAGAGCGAAUUUGAUAAGCGACGCCGUUGAUUUUGAGGGGGAAAAGAUAUCAGGCCCCGACCGUGAGGUACAGCUUAUCAUGCAGAGUCUGAAAGUGACUAUGGCGCUGGAAUUAAUUCAGAGUAAUGUAGAGAAUAUGAGGAAGUGGGUUCACUCCCUGCUUAAUCCAUCUUUCGCCUCUAACAUAAUGCCUUAGAGCUGAAGAGGUGUCAUUCCCGGGAAUUCAGCGGGUA